GCGGCGGCGAAGAAAGUUUUUUGCAACACUCUUGGGCACCUGACUCCGCAUCUCUCUCCCGUGCGCUCUCUGGAGUGAGGCGUACCAAGGGAAGCAGCCGAGCCUGGGAGCGGACAAAGCUUUGGAGGCAAAAGUUUCUGCUUUCUUUCCUUUGGUUUUUCUUGGAUUGGGUUUACAGCCGGGGAGAUCCCAGCAACCGAAUCAAGCUCUCGCCUUCAACCUUUGCUUUUGGGCGGGGGAGAACAUGUUCCUUGUCUGUGAAACAAGUCGCGAUUUAGAUGGAAAUUUGCUGACUUGAGACUCGACCGGCUUCCCUUUUUGCAGAAAGUGAGAGAAGGGUGUUAAUUACCCACCUGGUUGUUGACUUUUUUUGUGUGCGUGUGUGUGUGUGUGCUGAUUUUCUCCCACCCACUUCUUCUACCCGGAGCCCCAGGUUUUGUUGGAGCUAUAUAUGGAGGGAUCUCAGAAUGGUUUGCAACAGGAAAACCAAAACUUUAGUGUCCACAUGCGUGAUUCUCAGCGGGAUGACUAACAUCAUCUGCCUGCUGUACGUGGGCUGGGUCACCAACUAUAUCGCCACGGUUUCUGUGAAAGUUCAGGAGCCGAUCUCGGAGAAAAAGUUAGAGGAAGACAAAGGAGACACUCUAAGGAUUAUAGAAAGGCUGGACCACUUGGAAAGUGUCAUCAAGCAGCACAUCCAAGAAGCACCAUUGAAACCAGAAGAAAAUCCUGCAGAUGCAUUCAUUGAUUCAUCCCUCUUUGCUCACUGGGGCCAGGAUCUGAGCCCGGAGAACCAACGAACUGCUCUUAAACAGUUCCAGUAUUAUGGGUACAAUGCUUACCUGAGUGAUCGCUUGCCACUAGACAGACCCUUGCCUGACUUUAGACCUACUGGGUGCAAGAAUCUCACCUUUCCAGAGAAUCUUCCCGAGGUCAGCAUUGUUUUCAUAUUUGUGAAUGAAGCCCUUUCAGUGAUUCUACGGUCUAUUCAUUCUGCAAUCGACAGGACUCCUGCUCAUUUGUUGAAAGAGAUUAUUUUAGUGGAUGACAAUAGUAACAAUGAAGAGCUGAAAGAGAAGCUAAAAGAAUAUGUUGAUGAAUUGAACAUACGGAAACCAGGGUUCAUUAAGAUGGUCCGCCACAGCAAGCAAGAGGGGCUGAUUCGAUCUCGUGUUAGUGGUUGGAGGGCAGCUACUGCUCCAGUAGUUGCACUCUUUGAUGCACACGUAGAAUUCAACGUCGGCUGGGCUGAGCCAGUACUCACCAGGAUAAAAGAAAACAGAAGACGAGUUAUAUCUCCAUCAUUUGAUAAUAUCAAAUAUGACAACUUUGAACUAGAAGAAUACCCACUAUCUGCCCAAGGAUUUGAUUGGGAAUUAUGGUGUCGAUAUCUAAAUCCACCAAAAUCAUGGUGGAAGUUGGAAAACACUACGGCUCCUAUAAGGAGUCCGGCACUGAUCGGAUGUUUCAUAGUAGACAGGGAGUAUUUCCAAGAAAUUGGUCUACUAGAUGAAGGCAUGGAGAUCUAUGGAGGUGAAAACGUGGAACUUGGGAUCAGAGUCUGGCAAUGUGGCGGUAGUGUUGAAGUCCUACCUUGUUCUAGGAUUGCCCAUAUUGAACGAGCCCAUAAGCCAUACACAGAAGAUCUAACAUCCCAUGUCCGAAGAAAUGCAUUAAGAGUGGCUGAAGUUUGGAUGGACGAAUUCAAAAGCCAUGUUUACAUGGCAUGGAAUAUUCCUCAGGAGGAUUCUGGAAUUGACAUUGGGGAUAUCUCGGAGAGGAAGGCCUUGAGGAAAAAGCUGCAGUGCAAGACCUUCCGGUGGUAUCUUGUCAGUGUUUAUCCCGAGAUGAGAAUGUACUCUGACACUGUCGCCUAUGGGGUGCUACAGAAUUCCCUAAAAAGUGAUCUGUGCCUUGAUCAGGGACCAGAUACAGAAAAUAUUCCAAUCAUGUACAUCUGCCAUGGAAUGACACCACAGAAUGUCUACUAUACAGGUAACCAACAGAUUCAUGUGGGUGUUCUUAGUCCUACCAUUGAUGAUGAUGACAACAGGUGCCUGGUCGAUGUGAACAGCAGGCCAAGACUUAUUGAAUGUAGUUAUGCCAAAGCCAAAAGAAUGAAGCUUUAUUGGCAAUUUACUCAGGGAGGUCCAAUCCAGAACAGAAAAUCCAAACGUUGCCUGGAACUGCAGGAAAACAGCGACAAUGAAUUCGGAUUCCAACUAGUUCUCCAGAAAUGUUCUGGCCAGCACUGGUCUAUAACAAACAUCCUGAAAAGCUUGCCGACAUAGACUUUUGAGUGGGAGUGGAGAUCUUUUCAUUACUCUUCUUGCUACUAUGUAGCGAAAGUUUCGCAAUGACACCUGCAGUUUCCCUCCUUGUUUCAUUUUUGUGUGAGUGUGUGAAUGUCCACUUGAGGGCUAAGAACAGACACUUUUAUUUCAUAAUGGCAUUUUCAUGUGAUUUACAGAUUGGUUCUGAAUGGCAGGUGAUGGUAGAAUAUGUUAAAGUAUUUUGCAAUUGUACAUAGGGGGAAAAUGGAAAAUAUUUAUA